CACGAAGACAAUGUAAAUGACGUCGAUUGCGUAAGGUAGAAUGAGCAAUAAAAGAGAUUAUCUUUUUCUAUAAAUUGACCGUUCGCGUAAUUUCGGAGUAGUGUCUCCAAUUUAGCGAUCAUACGAACAUCAGAAUGCGUUUAAACAUUUUUUUGUGCCUGAUGCUGCAGCUGUGCGUCACUGCAGUAUUAAGCGAAGUAAAACAAGUCAGCAUCGUAUUUAGACAUGGGGAUCGAGCACCUGGUAAUUUUAUUAAAAGCAUUCCCAAUGAUCUACACCGUAACAAGACUUUCUACCCAAUGGGCCUUGGCGGGUUGACAAACAAUGGAAAAUCGCGAGUUUACAAUUUGGGAAAGUUCCUUCGAUCAAGCUACGAUGACCUUUUGGGGCCCGUAUACCUCAUCAACGACGUAGAAGCUAUGAGCACCGAUUCACCUAGAGCGCGAAUGUCCCUGCAAAUGGCCCUUGCCGGAUUGUAUCCACCUAGUCCGAUUCAGCAUUGGGAUACCAACACGAACUGGCAACCUGUUUUGGUAUCUUUCAAAUCAAAAUAUGAAGACAAGCUUUUAGUUCCGCAAUUUUGCGAAGAGUAUCAGGAGGAGUACGAAAGCGUUAGAAACUCCCUUGAUUAUCAAAGUAAGGCACAAGCUCUAGAACCCUUCAUGAAGGAGCUGGCAAAAAACAUGGAAAGGGCCACCCCGAUUAGCGUGAUGGACAUGAAUCAUCUCUACCACACUUUGGCUGCAGAACAAUCGAUGAAUUUGUCGUUGCCUCACUGGGCCGACAGCAUCUAUCCUGAUGGCAAACUUCGAGAUGGUGCACUCCUACAAUACCUACACUACGGAUAUAACGACAAGUUGAAAAGACUCUCUGGCGGCGUUAUAUUGCAAAAAAUUAUAAGAGACAUGAAGACGGCUCAAUUAAACAAAGAUAAGCCUGGCUUUAAAAUUCACGUGUAUAGCGGACAUGAGUUGAACGUCGUAAUGCUGCUGCACACGCUUGGACUGUACAACGAACAUAUACCUGAAUAUUCAAGUGGCGUUUUUAUCGAGCUACACGAAACAAAUGGAGAAUAUUAUGUUAAGGUAUUAUAUUAUAAAGGUAUUCCUGUAGAAGCAGAAGUACAACGAAUUCCUGGCUGUGAUGAAUUAUGUCCUUUCAACAAGUUCGUGAAAUUAUUAGAAAAUGUUACAGCUACAGAAACUGAUUUGCAAUGUAAUAGACUUACUAAGCUUCCGAAAUAAUUUAAAUUAAUUGUAACUUUUAGAUGUAUAAUAAAUAAUUUAUUUUAUCCCAUA